CUAACAGAUAAAAAAAUCAUUCAUUUGUGAACAAGCUGCGUUCAUUAUACCUAAAUAUUGUAUGUGUUUUUCGAAAUGUUAAUCAAACAUAUUGCAGUAGUACUAAUUUUAGUAAACUUUGUAUUUUCUGAACCAGUCGACGUAUAUAAAUAUCUGCCAAAAGAAUGGAGAGGUAUGCUCAAAAAUGUUAAAGUGCAUUCGGAUAUUGGGAUGACUAUUUACGACUUUUUAAGAAGGUACAAUUAUCAUUACGAAAACCAUUGGAUAAGCACAGAAGACGGCUACAAACUUCUUUUGCAUCGAAUUCCUUAUGGACAGAAUCAAAGUGUUUCCGAUAAAAAACCUAGACCUGUUGUUCUUCUUAUGCAUGGGCUUGGAUCAAGUUCUAUUAACUGGAUCAUCAAAGGACCAAAUGACGGUUUGGGACUAGCGUUAGCUGAUCAUGGAUACGACGUGUGGUUGGGUAACACUAGAGGCAAUCUUUGGUCUAGGAAUCAUAAACGGUUAAAUCCAGAUAUUGAUGCUGAAUUUUGGGAUUUCAGUUUUGAGCUUACUGGAAGAUAUGAUGUAGCAGCCAAAAUCGACUAUAUACUUAAAACAACAGGCCAAGAAAAACUUUUUUAUAUAGGACAUUCUCAGGGUACGAGUCAAUUUUUCGCAUUAACAUCUUUAAGACCAGAAUAUAACGACAAAGUAGCAUUGAUGACAGCUUUAGCUCCCAUAGCUUACUUGGAGCAUUUGAGUUCACCUAUUUUGCGACUUUUGGCUGACAAUAUGUCUUUAUUGCAGACACUUAUUAAUCUUUUUAAUAUGCAUGAACUUAGUCAAAGUCAACUUACAAACCUAUUAAUAGGUUUGGUAUGUGCAAAGGAAUCUCCUCUGCAAGAAAUAUGUGCCACGUUUACAUAUUUAACAUCCGGCUUUGAUCGUCAACAAUUUGACAAGAGCUUCUUACCAUUAUAUUUGUCACACGUCGGAGUGGGGAUGUCAAUUAAUAUGUUACUGCACUUUGGACAAGAGAUUGAAUCGCAUCAUUUUCGACGAUACGAUUAUGGAAGGGAAAAAAAUUUAAAGUUAUACCAUACCGCAGCGCCUCCUGAUUUUAAUUUAUCUGCAAUUAUAGCUCCAGUAGCUCUAUAUUAUGCUGAAAAUGAUUUUCUAUCAUCAGUAAAGGAUGUAGAGAAAUUAAAAGGUAAGUUGCCAAAUGUUAACAAGACACGCCUCAUCGAAAACAGAAGAUGGAAUCACAUUGAUUUCAUUGUUGCUAACGAUGUACAUGACGUAAUUAAUAAAGAUAUAAUUGCACAUCAACAGACAUUUAUUGAUGCUGGAGCUUUAACACCAAGUACAGGUGAACCGAUUAGUUCCACCACAGAGAGAACCAAAGGUAGUUCAGAAAGAAUUAUUAGUCAAAGUAUAUAUACAUUAUUUAUGACUGCUAUGUUAGUAUUAUAUUAUUAAUAAAAAUGUAUUUUUUGUGAAUUUUU